CACCUUGGAGCGGUAACCUGUAUCAACUAUAAAUCACAACGAUAGUUCUACCGUGAGAACCAUAACCGCAAUGGGUCCCGUCUACGAGUUAUAAAACAAGAUGGCGGCUCUUCGACUUUUCCGUUCGCGAGCUCUGCUAGUCAGCCCACAGGUAGUGACCAGCUCCUUUCUCAAGAGCGACAAUGCCCGGACACCGUAUGGCCCAACAAUGGUCCACACCAGCCCACCAAACCAAAGUACCGGCCAGUCAAACGUAAUGGCGUCUACACGUUGGAAGUUUGAGCACAUGGUGACGCUGGCCAUGACGGCAGCCGUGCCCACCGCCUUCAUUACCCAGCAUCCUUUGCUGGACUACGUGCUGGCCGGCUGCCUGACCCUCCACGGCCACUGGGGCAUGGAGUCCAUCUUCUUGGACUACAUGCCGGGCAAGACCCUCCCCAAGGUGGCCAACUCUUGCCUCUUUGGCGUCUCCGUUCUGACCUUCGCCGGGCUCUGCUACUUCAACUACAAUGACGUGGGCAUCACCAAAGCCAUCAUGAUGCUCUGGUCUUAAAUCGCGGCUAUGGCUAUGGCUGUGUCUUGGAGUAACACACUUGUUUAUGGGCAUUUGCUGUAGCCACUAAGCAGAAGUUUUCAUAGACUCCCAUGUUAUUCCAAGGCACAGCCACAAUAUUUUGGACGCAGCCCAUCACAAACGCUUCGGCAGAACAUGUGACCCAGAACAUCGAAAUGAGGAAUAAGUUGCAUAUUGACUUUUUGAGAUGUGUUUAUUGUAAGAAAAUGAAUUUCUGUACAGUUUAUUCUGGACUGAUCAUAGCGUAUAUGUAUAUCAAUGACACAUUGAUUAAAUAGGAUAACUACAUGUACAGUCCUAGACAGACUAGGCCCUGAAAAUUGACCAGGUAAAAUUGUCUCUGAUUUGCUUGAUGAAAAGUGAAUGUGCAGAACGUUCAAGGCAAUUUAUUCCUGAUUUGGAAUGUGUCAGGUCACACAUUGCAGAAAAAAAAUCUGUCUCACCCUCUGUUAACUCUGAACAUCAAAGCUCACUGGGUAAUCCAUAAAUGAUAAAAACCACCCCCUUUGGGUCAGUGGCAGAGAGACAGGAACGGAUGGGUUUCUUUUUCUGCGGGUUUUGCCUAUGCUUUUUCUUACAGUCAGUUGUUUCUGUGAGUAAUGCAGCACUUUAUGGGAGGGACAUUCCCCAAUUCGUUGCAUUAUUCCCACAAUUAAACUGGAUGUUGAAAAGAAAAACAAAUUGACAUCCCACCUGAUCUUCUGCAUGGAAUGUAUACCUGUCAAACACUUACUGCUUGUCUCCUAUCAAUGCCCUCCUUAAGACAUGGUGAAUACUUUGAUUGUAUUCUGAUAGGCAUUGUCAAGGUUUUGCAUGUAUUUAUAUAUGCCGUGUGAUCUGUGUAACACGGAAGAUAUCGGGAUAUUUGAUUUCAAAUUAUUUCAUUCUAGGAGUAAGGGUUGAACUCACAGUUGUGGAUCUCACUUGCAUCGGGAAACAAAGUCACAUGCAGAUGAUCUGGUGGGAUGCGGAUUACAUCUCAGCAUGCUGGUUAUUUGCCACCGGUGAAUCCUCGACAUGCUGCGCUUAGAAAUGGACAAUGCAAGGAAAGACUGAGUGACUGUUGAAAGUUUAUCCAAGAAGACUAUUAGAAACUGUAAAGAUGCUGUUAAAAGAAAAACUAUCCGUGUCCAGUCCACUUCAUGCCUAGUAGCCAUGAUCAGACACGAUUCACUGAUUAAUCUAUGAAAGUAAAUCCAAAAAAAAAGAGAGAAAACAAUGUGAUUUAUUACAGAGCAUCUCAAUGUCAUACUGAAAAGGGUGUGUAACAUUCUCACAUGAUGUAACAUUUUGAGACUGUUCUCCAGAGGUGUUGAAAUUUAUACAAAAACUAGGUUUCUUUCUGUUUAUUUCUGUUUUUCAGUCUUGAGAGGAUGGCCUCACGGUAUGAGCUAAUUUAAACCCAAACCUUCCCACAUCUUUUAAAAUCCAUUGGGAGAUCCAAUAGAACUUUGUAGAAUUCAUAGAAGAUGGAUAACUGUAGAUAGAUACUGAAAAAACUAUGGUUGUGGAUAGAUUGAUUGUGUAGCACGCCCCAAUGGUUUCCUGCAAAGUAAAAUAUUGUUCGUGGUUCCAACCGUGCCAACAGAGUUGUACAUAAUGCAUGUACAUCACACAAGUGAAAUGAACGCAUUGUACAAAUACUGUGCUUGGUACAGUUACAUGUUGCAGUCAAAGAAUUUUUAGUUUGGCUUCUGAAAUGUAUAAAAUCAAAGCUGCAGUUCUGAUUUCUUAAGCCUCACUUUCGUUCCUAUUUUGGCUUGCUUUCGUUUUGCACAAACUGUGAAAGCCUGAAAUAAUGUUCAUGUCAAAUGAAGAGGCUCAGAACUUAAACUUAGCAGUCCUCCCCCCCCAACUGUUGAGGAACUGCUGACUGCCGGGGUUCAAUUAAGGUCACAAUAAAGUGUCAAGCAGAAGUCUCUGACAUAAGGCAGCCGCAUCAGGAAGUUGGCAGUAGGAGUUAUGAAAAUGAAUUUUAGUUGGUGGACCUGAAUGGGACCUUGGCAUGAAGGCCAGCAUAAGGGCCAGAUCUUCUCCCGUUCAGGUCAUCGCAAUGGAUCUCUCUCAUUGGACGUCACCUUUAGAGGGAAAUUGCAAAUGCGUAUACAACGCCAGCAAGUGCGUGUGCGCGCAGUGUGCAAAAUGUUCUAAACUAGCGCGCGUGCUGAACCAAGUUUGAAAUAUGGCACAGCCAAUGCGCGUCACGAAAAUUGGAAGUAAAAAAUGCUGAUGCACAUGGCAGUCCAUAGGAAGUGACGUCAUUUGAGAGAGACCCAUACAACUGUGGAUGUUUAACGUAAAGUUUACGUAUACUUCAAUAGUGCUUCGUCGUGGUAUGCCCCCCCCAAAAUCAUUUUAUUCCAGCUCCUCCCUCUUUUUAGUUGCUAGCUGUGUCUGAGUGACAAGGCAAUGGCUGGAUAGGACACAUGGGCUUAUGGCAUGUCAAAAUCCACUUGGCUGCGGCUUGAAAUUACACAAGGGUCUAUAGUUUGGGCGGUAGCGGCUGCCCACAGGGUGGUGUGUAAUUCCAAGCCACAGCUAAAUAAUUUGGACAUGGCCGGUGGUAGCCGUAACCUAGAGGCUGCAGCCAAGUCUGAUGGACUUGAGCGUACAUGUGUGAGGUCUUUCUUGACGUAGCCACACAAUUUGGACACAGUUGGGGCUCCCUUAGCUUGAAACAUUACACAGUGAAGGCUGAAAGUUACUACUGGAAGGCUAGACUGAUUUCAGGUUUUUUACCCUUCGUAAACACUGCAUACUCAGUGCUUGUGCAAGAGCUUGUGAAAAAGUUUGCAAGCUUACUUGGGUGGGACUCGAACCCACAACCUUCUGCUCACUAGUGCAGACGACUCAAUCACCGAGCCUGCUGGGGUCGGCUGGCUGGUCUGAGUCGAUCAGAUGUAGCAGCAAGCACUGCUCGGUGGUCGACUGGUUAAGACGUCUGCACUAGUAAGCAGGAAGUCAUUGGUUCGAGUCUCACCCGAGUAAGCUUGUGAAUUUUUUCACAAGCUCUCAGAUAAGCACUGAGUGUACAGUGUUUACGAAUACACGUCGGGUAAGGGCAUAAAACCCAAAAUUAACAUCUCCCCCACGCAAAGUACAUCUUGAAAAAAGGCUGUACUGAUUUCUACUGCUCAUAAAAUCAGUUUUGAUGAUGUAGAUCAUUUGGUUUGAAAGAGUUACAGAAAAGAACAAGACAUGUUGUACAGUUUAAUACGAGUCAUGUACAUCAUACUGUGGCAUUUUUUUCUCCAAGAUUUACGUUCGCUCGGUGUUAUUGUAAAGAUAUUCAGUUCUCAGUAACAGAAAUUUUAGAGUGCAAAAUAAAAAAGGACAGCUGUCUAUGAA